AUGGGAAAUUGUUAUUGUAACCAUUAUCGUUAUCUGAGAUUAUAGAUAGGCCCACUGUAGGGAAAAGGUCAAGCUCUCUAAAAUAUCCCAUGCCUCACUUGCUCGUCAAUCAUCACCAGCCUUUAGACGAGAGUCUAUACUCGCUCUUUGAAAUUCGGAAAGUUUAGACCACCUUGCUACAUGUCAUCAUAGGUUGCUUUCCAUAGAAUUUCAUAAAAUCAAAAUACCUGGACCGAUGCGGCAGAAAAGGAGACUUGAAACUCAAGACGCAACGCCUGGCAUCGCGCAGGGUAGUGUCAUGAUUGGUGACGAUACUACCUAGGCAUAGUUAGAGAUUAAAAUAUCAUAUGGUGGUAUUUUCAUGAAGUUUCGUGCCCUAUAAAAAUGACUGUAAAUUCCAGAUUUUUGAAAAAAGGAAAAAAUAGCUAAUGGAUUUUAUGAGAAAAAAAGUUCAUGAAAAUACCAAAAGGAAAAUCUCACCUUUUAAACCAACAUGAAAAUACUAAUAGAGAUAAAAAUUAUGAUAUCAAAACUGAAUAGUAGAGAACCUUCACAAUUUCGUGUCCAUUUCUCUAACUCCCCGCCCCUCCUUGGGCGAGCAAAACCAUUAGAAAAAACCCUAUUCUUUGUCUAAAACCCAACCUCUGUCAGCGAAUAAAAAUUUUUAUGGAAAAAGUUUUUGAUAUAUAAGUGAUAAUUAGUAUUACGAAAUAUAUAGCUAAUUCUGUUUUAUUUUAAAUAAAUUGCGUUUUAAAACAUAAAUUUUAUCUAAUUAAAUUACUUUCCAAUUUUUGCUAAUUAGGAUUUUUUAAAAUUUCGAAAAAAUUUUUUUCUAUAUUUAUUAUAAAUUUUAAAAAAACAAAUUAGCAUCCUCCGUGAGCAAACAAGAUUUUUUUGUUCGCUCACGGGGGGUGUAAGAAUCUGUGCCAGGAUUGGACUUUGGCUGAUCAAUUCAGCAAUGCCGCAGCAACUACUUUUUAAAACUUAGCCAGAUAUAUAUCGGACGCCAGCCUUUCUUCCAUAAGGUCCCCUGCGGGUAUCAACUACAGGGCUUAAGAAGAUGAAUCUAUCUAUAACUUAUAACAAUGCUCAUGCAUUGUUUAAGCUCUUAUGAGCUUUUUCGUAGCCAGAUCAGCGAUUUAUACCUAACUGUUUGGAUUUUUUCCUCUUUUUCCAGGAUUUUACACCGCUUUUCGUGUUUUCCACCUUGACAAUUGAUUUCACCUCAUCCAAGUCUUUAAUCUCCUCUUGUACUUUUUGGGUGUUUUUGGUUUUUUGAUCCUUUUCGUAUUUUUGGGCUUUUUGGGCUUUCUGGGCUUUUUGGGCUUUUUGGACUUUUUGGGCUUUUCUGGUCUUAAUGGCUUUUUUGGGCCUUUAUGAUUUUUUGGGCUUUAUUGGCUUUUCGGCUCUUGUGGUUUUUUUGGCUUUUUGUUUUUGAUUUUUUUGACUCUUUGGGUUCUUCAGCCACUUCAGUUUCCGCUCUUUCUGCUUUUUCUGGAACUAUUGAGAAGCUCACCCUUAAUGAACUUGCGGCCAGCAUUAGCUCGCCAUUAUCCAACACUUCUCCCAUUUGUUUAGCUGCUCAAAGCUUUAUUUCUCAGUAAGCUCUUCUUCUCUAUCCUCUUCACUUGAUUCGUCCCCAUCUUCUUCAGACUCUUCAUCUACCUGGCCUUCAUUCCAAUCUUCUUCACCAAGAAUAUCAUCGACAUCCUCCGAGAACUCCUCAUCUGAAAAUAACUCAUCAUAUUCGGAGUCAACUUCAUCCAAUCGAUUGCUGAUACUGCACAAUCUUUGGCGAUAGACCAAAGCAGCUUCUUCUCAGCUUCACGUAUUAAACUCUUUUUCCUCCAUUGCAAAAUAAAAAGUUAAGAAGGUGAGUCAAUUGCCACAUUUUAAUGUAUAUUGUUAUUCUAACCAAGCUGUAAAAGAUUUUGGGCUUCGUGAAGAAAUACACUCAGGGACUGUUGUGCUAUAUAUAAAAAAGGGGUGCGCUAAUUCUGAUAGAGCUCAAGCCUUAUUAAAAGCUGUCAACAUAAAGCCAAGGACUAUUGAAAUCGAAGACACAAAGUAUCAAAACUUAAGAUUUGCAUUGAAAGGAUUUACAGGGCAAAAAGAUCCUCCGUAUAUUUUUAUAGGAGGAAAGCACUUUGGAGGCUUAUAUGACUUGGAAGUUGGAAUUAAGCAAAAAACUGUACAAAAGCUGAUAAAAAUUGCAGAAGAAAGAAGUGCUGAAUAUUAA